AGAAAACCGCCGGUUUACACUUUAAAACAAAGCAUAUGGACCGUUGAUCGUGUUAACUCAAACCCGAAAUAAACGGGCGUGAUAACGGAGAACGUGACCAUCCAACAUCUAACGAGAAGAAGAAGACAAAAAAAAAGAAAACAAAAGCACAUGACAUGAUUCUUUCACCCUUUCGUCUACCAAUCUCGAUCCCUCUUCUUCUCUACUUCAAUGGUUUAACAUUUUUCAUUGAAUGAGAAAGAGAUACAAUGGCAGGAAGCGAGAUUCAAGAACCCUUUAGCCUUAGUUUUCAGGGGAGUUCUGUACACUCUGGAUCGAUAUCGUUUGGGAGGUUCGAGGAAGAAGGGUUAUCAUGGGAGAAGAGAUCGUCAUUUUCACACAAUAGGUAUCUUGAAGAAGUUGACAAGUGCUCUAAACCUGGCUCUGUUACCGAGAUGAAAGCUCACUUCGAAGCUCAUUUCAAGAAGAGAGGGAUGCGAGUUCCGUCUUCUAUUGAAUCUCAGACUUGGGGUGUCCGUCAAACAGAUGAUGAUGCAACUGAAAGCUUCGAGGAUUAUCGGUCUGAUGGGAGUUUCUCGGAGAACACGAGUCAAUCAGAGAGUCCUUGUAACUACGUACUCGACCAACCAAAGAUUCAGUGUGAAUAUGUAGAGGAGAGUGAUCAUUGUGUGAGCUAUGAUGAGAUUGUUGUGAACUCGGAUGAUGUGAUCGAGCUUGAUGAAGAAGGUGGUGUUGACCACGUGACUCUUGAUGUUUCUUUGGACACCGAUGAAGUCGUUCCAGUGGAGUGCAUAUCUAUUAAAGAAGAUAGCUAUGAGGAGGAUCUUGAGGUUCGAGAUGAUGAUGAUAAGGAUAAAGAUCAUUGCACUGAAGUUCAAGAAACAGAAUCAAGACUCGUUGAACAUGUUCAAGAAAAUGCAUCUGAUGUUACGGAAAGACCCUCCUCCUAUGUAUGUGGUCCAAAGUCUUUGCCAGAUACAAAACCUAUUAGU